CACCAACCUGGAUCUGACAGGAGCAUUCACUUUCAGUCCCUUCUUCACAUCAGAACUGCGAAAGUCUCUCCCUCUUUUUCUUUUUUUUUUGCAGCAAAAGAAAAAUAUCAACUCUUCUCUCUCUCUCUCUCUCCCUCUUCUGGUUUUGUUUUUGUGUUGCAGCAAAAAAUAUAUAUAUCAAAUCCGAAGAAGGGACAAGAAGAGAGAGUUUGUUGCAGUGGCCGUCCAAGUUGGAAACUUUUGCAUAUUUAAAGGAUAUCCCAUCAUUUAAAAUUUAAACUUGGAUAGUCGUCUUCUCCUUGUUCUCAUUCUCCCUAUCCUUGUCUGAUUUUUGCCGUCAACGUUGUUUUCUCUCUCUUCAAGAUUUCAAAUAGUGGCUGAUGACGCUGGAGCAGGAGAAGGAUCAGGUUGUCCUUGAUGCAGGGAUGAAGAGGUACAGGAAUGGAGAAAUUUGGGAGUUUGAGGAUGACAUGAGUGUCUCAGAUGGUGGAACUGGUGUUUUGUUGGGUUUGGAUGGUGGCACUACCUCCACUGUCUGCAUUUGCAUGCCCAUGAUUCCUUUUUCUCAUUCUCAGCUCCAUUCUCUCCCUAUCCUUGCAAGGGCUGUUGCUGGCUGCUCCAAUCACAACAGUGUUGGAGAAAUUGCUGCAAGGGAAACAUUAGAGCAAGUUAUGGCGGAUGCCCUUUCAAAGUGUGGUUCAAAACGAUCUUCAGUCCGAGCUGUUUGUUUGGCUGUAUCUGGUGUUAAUCAUCCAACAGAUCAACAAAGAAUUCUCAAUUGGCUUAGGGAUAUAUUCCCAAGCCACGUGAGGUUAUAUGUUCGGAAUGAUGCUGUGGCUGCACUUGCAAGUGGAACAAUUGGUAAGCUUCAUGGAUGCGUAUUAAUUGCUGGCACAGGGACCAUUGCAUAUGGAUUUACUGAAGACGGAAAAGAAGCAAGGGCUGCAGGUGCAGGACCUGUCUUAGGUGACUGGGGCAGUGGAUAUGGAAUAGCUGCACAGGCACUAACUGCAGUAGUAAAAGCACACGAUGGUCGUGGACCAAGUACAAUGCUUACAAGAAGUAUCUUACAAACCCUUGGUCUUUCUUCUGGUGAAGAAUUAAUUGGGUGGACCUAUGCAGAUCCCUCUUGGGCUCGCAUUGCAGCACUUGUUCCAGUUGUUGUGUCCUGUGCUGAGGCUGGGGAUGAGGUUGCAAAUAAAAUCUUACUAGAAUCUGUACAAGAGCUAGCUUCAAGUGUCAAAGCUGUUGUUGAGAGACUUGGAUUGUGUGGUCAAGACGGAAAGAAUGCUUUUCCCCUUGUUAUGGUUGGUGGUGUUCUUGAAGCAAAUAGGGGGUGGGAUAUAGGAAAAGAAGUAAUGAACUGCAUUUCCAAAUACUUCCCUGGGGUAAUUCCCAUUAGACCAAAGGUGGAGCCUGCUGUUGGCGCGGCAUGGUUAGCAUGGAAUUUUUUCAUGAAAGAAUAUCACAAGGAAAUAUGUGGUAGCUGACAAUUGAUGAAGUGGACUAAGAUUAAAAAUUGAAAAGGCAAAAAAAUGAAAAAAGAAGUGGCAAGUCCCAAUUUUCGGUGAUUAAAAGUGUAUACACAAUGCCAUAACGGUGAAGCUAUAAACUAUACUUGCUAUGCCAUAGAGUUUAUGUACCAUCCAAAAUAUAUAUUAUUAUCAUUUAUAUUAGGUCAUUGCACGUGGUAGGCUUCAGGUCCUCCUGAUUAUUUUCUCGAGGCACUGCUGCUCCAAUUAUUUUCUUGUGAACUUGAGGUCAAACCUAUGCUUGUGUAAAUAAUUUUUAGUUGCAUAAACCAAAUAGAGAUGUCUUCUAC